AUGAUCUUGGAUAUUCAAAAUGAUAAGUCAAGUGUUGGACAAAGUGCCUUCAACAUUAUCAAGACAUUACUUCUCGAAGCUAGUGAACAGAAACGUAAAGUUACAAUUGGUUUAUCCGGUGGAAGUAUGCCCCAAUUGCUUGCACCGUUCUUAUGCUCACUUCCAACGUCUACUCCUACGAUUAAUUGGAGUUUAGUGCACUUCUUCUAUUGUGAUGAACGAUUAGUCCCCCUGGACAGCGUGGAUUCAAAUCAUCAUAGCUAUCAAGAGCUGAUCUAUUCAAAAAUUAAUAUCCCUCAAUCAAAUAUACAUACUGUGAAUACAUCGUUAUCAUUAGAAGAGGCUGCUACCGAUUAUCAAAAACAAAUUUUGGCAUUCUUUGGUACAGAGAAUGGUUAUCCUCGUUUUGAUUUACUCCUACUUGGUAUGGGUCCUGAUGGACAUACAUGUUCAUUAUUUCCUAAUCAUAAACUACUUUAUUAUGAAGACUUCGUCGUAGCGCCAAUAUCGGAUAGUCCUAAACCACCGCCUCAAAGAGUCACUUUGACUAUUCCUGUUAUUAAUAAGGCCGAAAAGGUGGUAUUUAUGGUCACAGGAUCAGAUAAAGCUCAAGCAAUAAAGGCUGUACAUCGAUCAAGUCAACCAGGUCCAUCUAUGCCGUGUUCGCUGAUUCAUCCAGUUCAAGGUGAAUUGAUAUGGAUUUUAGAUAAAGCGGCUGCCAGUGAAUUAGAUACAUAA